CGAUAGUGGGUGAGAAGGGGAGAAAAAAUCCCCAAAGUGGUGCGAGAAUUAAAGAGCAGAGUGAUAUUAAGUAGAUUAAGGGUGGCAAUAGGAAGGGCAGAAUGAAGAAAAUGGGUGAUAAUGAUUUUUCUUCUGCACCUUUUUUUUUGCUAAAUUAGUAAAAUUGAAGGUCAAACACAUGAGAAAUGGUGGAAAUUAUGGGAUAUAUAGCUCAUGAUAAGGACAGUUGAGAGAUUGGAAAUGCGGAUUUUCGCAUUUGAUCAGAAAUCCACAAGGUGUGGAAAAUCUUGUGGAUGAUGUACCUGUAAAACAUAAUUAAUAUGGCAAAGGUAAAAUAUCUAAACAUUUUUUAGUCUUCUUUUUAAUUUAAUUUUGAUUAUUUUAAGAGGAAAUUUAAACACAAAUUACAGCCUUGACACGAACAUUAAGCUUUAAGCGCUUAAUGCUGAAUAUUUUUCAUGAAAGGUGAGAAAGCUUAAAGGAUUUGAAGCUGUAGUAUGAUAACCCCUUAAGUCUGCUAACUCAAUUCUAAUUCUCUUAAUCAUUCCAAAUCAUUUCACUAAAUUAAAAGAAAAUGAUUUUUUAGAUAAAUUAUUAUUUUUAUGACUUUUCUUUUAAAAUAAUUCAAAGUCCAUUUAAAUUUUAGAACUAUCCUCUGGUUAUUUUAAGAAUCUUUUAAAUCCUUUCAACAGUUUGCUGUUUAUUUUGUACCUAUUUUCUUUUUCUUUUUUUGGGAAAAUCUUUUUGGAAAAUGUGUCUUGGUGUUGUGCUGGAAGUGUGGCAAAAAUAGCAUGUCGUCUAGCGGAGUCCGUGACCAUUUAAAAUUAGACGCGCAACGGUGGGAGGAUGUUGUGUAGAUCCAUGCGGUGUGGAGAGGUUUUCCCCCGUCGUGGAGGGCUCCACAAUUUAUCUAUGGGGCGUGUGCUGUGUGCAAAUGUUGUCCAUUUUUAUUUCUGCGCUGCUUUUUAUGCCCACCUUGGAUGUAAUACGACCAUUUAGUGGGUCACUCUAUGCUAUCGCCUUUUUUUUCUUUCGUUGGAAAUGACACAAAGCGGGGGGAAAAGGUGAAAAUGAGGGGGUGUGUAUGAAUGUAUGUGUGCAAAAAGGCUCUCCAUCCUUGCCGGGUCAUUUCACUUAAUUGUCGCGCUGAGCAACCCCUCGAUUUCAAAGCGGGCAAGAGGCGACAGAUCGUCUUCGCACACAAUCAUCGGGGCUCGCACGUUAUUAUUUCUCCAACGAUUCUCUUUCAAUUUACCGGCUUUAUGGGAAACCAUAUAAUCCACUGCGGUUCAUUUCCCUGUGUGAUUUUCCCGUGGUCGGAGUGUGAGUGGCCUGGCCCUUUUUUUUUCGGCCAGCUCCGUCGCGACGGUGCACAGGACAACCCAGGCACUCGAUUCUAGUUCGCCGAUCGGAGUUGUACCAUACAGUGCGGGUGCCAGCCCGGGACCACGCAGAGCACCUCUUCGGGCUUUUUUUCUUUCCAACCCUUUCAGUUCUUCUUUCGCAUCCCUUUUGUUUGCCUUCCAUCACUUCCGUUGCAAUUUACCAUUCCUCCUCUUCUCCAUUUACCCCCUCUUUCCCCGACAAACUUCCUCCCAAUUAGAUAACACAUUAAAGAAAAAAAACAAGAAUCCUUUUCUUCAUCAUUUUUUGUGGGUAAUUAAGUGAAAUUUUUCGGUUAAUUUUCAGUGGGGAGUACACGAAAGCCAUGUCCAAGGAUUGGCAUACCACCCACUUCUGCUGCUGGCAGUGCGAUGAAUCCCUCACUGGGCAGCGCUAUGUCCUCCGCGAUGAUCAUCCCUAUUGCAUCAAGUGCUAUGAGAAUGUCUUUGCCAACACUUGCGAGAGUUGCAACAAGAUAAUUGGAAUUGACUCCAAGGACCUCUCCUACAAGGAUAAGCACUGGCAUGAGGCAUGCUUCCUCUGCAAUAAGUGCCGCAUUUCGCUGGUUGAUAAGCAAUUUGGCUCCAAGGCGGACCGAAUUUACUGUGGCAAUUGCUAUGACAUGCAAUUCGCUUCGAGGUGCGAUGGCUGUGGCGAGAUCUUCAGAGCCGGCACCAAGAAGAUGGAGUACAAGACGAGGCAGUGGCAUGAAAAGUGCUUCUGCUGCUGCGUGUGCAAGACACCAAUUGGGACCAAGUCCUUCAUCCCGCGCGAACAGGAGAUCUACUGCGCCGGAUGCUAUGAAGAGAAGUACGCCACGAGGUGCGUAAAGUGCAACAAGAUCAUCACCUCCGGUGGUGUGACGUACAAGAAUGAGCCAUGGCACCGUGAGUGCUUCACAUGCACCCACUGCUCCACAUCCCUGGCAGGGCAGCGCUUCACCAGCCGCGACGAUAAGCCCUACUGCGCCGAUUGCUUCGGUGAGCUCUUUGCAAAGCGGUGCACAGCAUGCACUAAGCCAAUCACAGGAAUUGGUGGAACACGAUUCAUCUCCUUCGAGGAUCGCCACUGGCACAACGACUGCUUCAUUUGCGCUCUCUGCAAAACAUCCCUCGUGGGACGUGGCUUCAUCACCGAUGGCGCCGACAUCAUUUGUCCCGAAUGUGCGAAGCAGAAACUCAUUUAAGAACAACCCCCAUCUCCAUUCAUACCCUUCCCUCCUCCCCUAGGCCUCCCAGUUCUUAUGACAGCAAUCUUUAAAAAAAAAAACGAAGGUGGUGUGAAGAAAUUAAAAUUACCUUUUAUGCAAAAAUAUGUACUCAUUAGGGAUUUUAACACUGAAAAAGAAAUAUUAAAAAAAAGUUAUCCCCGCAAAUUAUGUUCUCUCUCUAUCCUGCCUAUAUCUAGAAGAAAAUAUUUACCUACAUAAAAUAUAUAUUUUUUCUAUUAAUGCCAUUAAUUUGCGAUAGAGAUUUAAUCAUUGAAAAAAAAGCAAAUUGUAAUUUAUUAAAGAAAAGAUGGUGAAAAGUAUCAAAAAAAUAAAAUGAGACGAAACUUAUUAAAAAAAAAUAUAUUAACUCCUUAAAAAUUAUGUACACUGACAAUCUAAUUUCAAAAGAAAACUCCUUUUUUUUUUUUCAUUUAAAACGCCUCAUUUUGAAACAAAAAAUAAAUUUAAAAAAUCUUUUAAAAAAUGUGAAAAGAAGAAAAACAUAAAAAAUCUUUCAUUGCGAAUUUUUAUUUAAACAAAAAAGAAGAAAUUUUGACGCUAGUCAAAAUACAUUUAAAAAAAAGAAAAACAAGGAAUUAAUUUAAAGAAAGAAUAAAUAUUUCUCUGUAAUAAUUAUAAGAAAAAAAAACUCUUAUAUGUUAAGUCAAUGAUCAAAAAAUAAAAUAUCUCUAUUAUUAAAAAGAAAAGAAAUUAUAUAAUGAAAUUAGUUAAUAAAAAUAAACGCAGUUUAGUCAGUUUUUGCAAUAGCGAGCGCUUUGACUUUCUUUCUUGGCAAUAAUGCGUUAUAGAAGGUGUAAUAAAAUAAUUAUAAAAAAAAUUUGAUGAAUUAUAUUAGAAAAAAAAUAUGACAAUUUGUAGAAAUUAACAUUUAAUAAAAUUAUAAAAAAAGAAAAAAUGGAAAGGAAAUUAAUGAACAAAAGAUUAAAAAAAUGUAUUAGAGAGAAAUUUACUAAAAAAAAAAAAACGAAUAAAGAUCUAUCUCUAUUUACUUAAAUAUUAUAUACCUUACUAUACGGCCUAUUCACAAAAGUUGCCUUCUUUUAUAAAAAAAAAAUACAUAAAACUACUACAAAAAAGAUACAAAAAAUGAAAAAUACUACAUAUUACAUUAAUAUCUCUUAGCGGUGUGUUUGUCGAAUUGAAAAAAAAACUUCGUGAGCAGAGAAUUGAAAAAUUGUAGAGAAAACAACAUAAAAAAUCAUCGAAAAAGCAUCUUUAUAUACAUAAUAUAUUUUUUCAUAAAAUGCAGUAUCAAAAAAAGAAAACCUUUUGAGACUUUCACAAAGAAAAAAAAUUGUAAAAUUUUUAUUUCUCUCAAAGAAUCAACAUUAAAAAAAUAUUAAAUCCUUUUUUUUUCUACUCUAGAUAAAAAAAAUAAUGAAAAAAAUUGAUUAUAUUGUGUAGAAGGAGAAUCAUAUGUUACUACAUGUUUACAUAACUGUUGCACAUCUUUUAUGUAAUUUACAUUUUUUGUUUUCUUCUUUUCUUUUUUGAACAAAUAAAUUUAUUAAAAAUAAAAA